CAGGUUCCGGCCAAUGUCGAUCCUGCUGCUGCUGGGCUGCAGCGGCCUCCGCGGCGCCUCGCCGCUGGCGGUGGCGCACCGCAACGUCAGCUCGGAGGCCGUGUGCGCCGCCGCGACCGACCUGUGCUCUUGCUCGGCGCUCGCGCCCGGGUGCGGCUGGUGCUCGAAGAACGGCAAGUGCGCGCCCGCCGACCGGUGCACGACGACGUGCCGCGAGUGCCCCACGCGGCACGACACCUGCCGCUCGGCCUGCCGGCGCACCUGCGUCGACACGUGCGCGCAGGCCGCCUCGGUCUGCGGCUGCACCGAGCUCGACGGCUGCGGCUGGUGCUCUCAUCGGCAGGUGUGCACGACGUACCCGGAGUGCUCCACCACGUGCGAAGAGUGCGACUCCUCGUGCAGCAACUACAAGCACUGCCAGAAGAAGUGCUACCCUCGCUUUCGCGUGCGGCCGGUGACGGCGCAGGACGGCCUCUUCCCGCUGAGCUCGUCCGACAUCCACACCGCUUUCGCCGUCUUCCUCGCCACCGUCUUCGCCUCCGCGGCGGGCAUCGGCGGCGGCGCGGUGCUCGUGCCCCUCUUCACCCUCAUCGGCGACUUCACCGAGCACGAGGCCAUCCCGCUCGCGCUCGCCACCGUCUUCGGCGCCUCCCUCUUCUCCACCUUCGGCACCUACCUCUGGCUCAAACACCCUCUCGUCCCGCACCGCCACCGGAUCGCGUACGACGUGGUGGUCGUGCUGAUGCCCGCCACACUGAUGGGGACCACCGUCGGGGUCUUCCUCAACAAGAUCUGCCCGAACUGGCUCAUUAUGGUGCUGCUGGUGCUGCUCUGCGCCGUGAUGGGCAAGCGCACCCUCGACAAGGCUCGCAAGGGGUGGGCCAAGGAGAGCCGAGCCAUGUACGAGACGCUGCCGCAGGCAGAGAGAGACGACUCGGGCACGCCGCUCAUCGGCGGCAAGGAGGGCGGCGGCGGCAAGGAGGGCGGCGGCGCGGGGCUGCGGGGCGGGGGAAGCCCCGACGGGUGUGGAGACGAGCCUGGCGCGAAGGAGGCGCGAGCGCCGCCCGUGCCCAAGCCCCGAGCUGCCUCUCCCCCGCCGCAGGCGCGCGCGGCGCUGCUGGAGCGGGAGGUGGAGGAGGAGGCACGCCCGCCUUGGGGCGACGCGCUCGUCCUCCUCCGCGCGUGGGCAGUCGUCUACCUGCUCGCCCUGCUCAAGGGCGGUCACGGCGCUCCCUCGCUGCUCGGGGUCGCGUGCGGCUCCGCCGGGCACUCCAGCGGCGCACCCUCGCCGCGGCAGCUGCGGUACUGGGCGGUGGUCGUGCUCAACCUGCCCAUCCUCGCGCUGCUGACCGCCGUAGCUGCGCGCGGCCGGCUGCGCACGCACCGCUCGCGCGUCCAGAUGGGCUACGCGUACGUCGAGGGCGACGUCGAGUGGGACGUCGACAAGGUGGUGCGGCUGCCCGCCCUCGUCUGCGUCGGCGCCAUCGCAGCCGGCAUGCUCGGCGUGGGCGGGGGGAUGAUCCUCGGGCCGAUCUUCACGGAGCUCGGCUUCCUCCCCGAGGUCUCCUCCGCCACCUCGACGGUGAUGGUGCUCUUCAUGUCUUCGGCCACCGUCUGUCAAUUCAUCAUCUUCGGCAUGAUCGACCUCGAGUACGCAGCCUUCUUCGGCUUCUUCGGCGGCGUCCUCGGCGCCAUCGUUGGCACCAAGGGCGCGCACUCGCUGCUGCAGCGCACGGGCCGCCCCUCCUUCAUCGUCUUCUUCCUCGCCUUUAUCCUGUUUGGCUCCGGGCUGCUCAUGGUGGGGACCGGCUCGAUGACGCUGAUGGAGACCGGACUCGGCGGCUUCCGGCCGGUCUGCGGCCGGACGGGCAAGGCGGCGCAGUACGACUAGCGUGGCGGGCGAGGCGGCGGCCGCGUUGCCUCCUGCUCCACCCCCGCCUGCUGCACAGUGCCCGCAAGAACACGUCAGUCGCGUCUCCGUCUCGCCGCAUCGAACGCUUGUGAGUGUUAUUGCCGGCCGCCUGCCUUGCCGUGAUUCGCGCGGCCGCCCGGGGUUUGUGAUUGUGUGAAUUGGGUUCAUCGUCUCUCCCUCUCUGUGUGUGUUUUGCGUCUCCACGUCCAGCCCCCCGGCUCCGCUCGACCGUGUGAACAUGUCGUCCGGUCUUAUCCGUCGUGAAAAU